ACGGCCCUUGGAUCAACAAAACAUCCACAAAUCAACACCUUAUGGAGAUCGAAUCAGAGGAUCAAGUUAUAAAGAGAUUGUAACCCUACAAAUCUAUUAACACCAAAAUCUUUCUUUGUACACGUUCUUGUUUCAAGAAUUUUCGUGUUCACAAAUUUGGCACACCCAGUGGGACAGGUCUCUACCUCUCAUCUCUUUCUCCAUUCAAGGAAAUCAAAGCACACAUUUGAAAAUCAAAUGACAUCAAGGAAGGUUCAAGCGGUUCUCGCAACCAACGCGAAGAACAAGAACAUCCUCGCCGCAAGUGGUGACACCAAGAAGUUUAAACGAGGCCGGAUGAUUGACACCAAGGAUUCAAGAUAAAAACCCUCAAUAUGCACGCCUUCUUCGUAUUUGGUCGAACAGAGUCUACCAUCUCCUAAGAUACUUCGGAAGACCACGACUUAAUAUGCAUGAAGUUGUCUUUCGCGAGAAGAGCAAGCGCCUUAGGACCAGUCAGUGGCACGUAAAGCUUCAACGUUGUUCCCUUAUCUUGCGAAUCGCCGUCCUUUGCAAGAAUGGUGAUGGUGUUGCUCUUAAAACACUUGAAAAAUACCAUGACUGCAAGAAAAAAAAAAUCAGCCACAAAACUUGAGUAUUAACCAGCCUGUAUAUCUUAUCAUUAUUCUGCUGAAAAAAAAUUGAUUAUCAUAUGUUUGAACUCAUUACGCAUGCGUUUGUGUGUGCGCUAAACCUCAAUCAGCACUCUGGUGUACCACUAAAAAUUAAGCGCCUUGCUCGUGAUUCUGAAAGAUUCAUUUGGGCAGUGAGUAUGGCACCAACACGAUGCAUUGGCAUGCAAAUGAGAAUUGGUGCACUUAUUCAAGAUGCAAAUAUGCUAAUUCCUCAUGCAGAUUGCUGUCUAAUCAAUUUGCUACAUUUUGCGGACAUGCUAAACCAUUCGUUCGAGCCAAACUGCUUUUUUCAUUGGCGUUUUAAGGAUCGGAUGCUUGAAGUGAUGAUAAAUGCUGGAAAAAGGAUUAAGAAAGGUGAUGAGAUGACCGUCAAUUACAUGAGCGGACAACAGAAUGACAUGUUAAUGCAACGAUAUGGGUUCUCUUCUCCUGUGAACCCUUGGGAUGUGAUUCCGUUCUCUGGAAAUGCACGUAUUCAUUUGGAUUCCUUCUUGUCAGUAUUCAAUAUGUCCGGACUCCACGAAGAGUACUAUCAUAACACAGGUCGCCUAUCUAAUGAUGGAGAUACUUCUGUUGACGGAGCGAUCAUAGCAGCAGCAAGAACAUUGCCCACGUGGUCAGAAGGGGACGUGCCUCCAAUCCCAAGCAUGGAAAGAAAAGCCAUAAAGGAAUUACAGGAAGAAUGCCGGCAGAUAAUUGCAGCGUUUCCUACCAACUCUAAGCAAGACCAAAAAAUCCUAGAUUCAAUGCCGGAUGCUAGUAGGACGCUUGAAGCUGCAAUCAAGUAUAGGUUGCACCGGAAAUUGUUCAUAGAGAAGGUGAUGCAGGCGCUGGAUCUAUACCAAGAGCGGAUAUUAUUCUGAUAAAAAGCUUACAAGUUUAGAAAAGCUAGGAAAGUUUUGUGGCAUUCAAUUUUGCACAAACUUAUAUGAGUUUGUGCAAAGAUUUUUAUCUUCAUUUUUAGUACGUCUUUUUUUUUUCCCUCGAAUCGUGGCGGAUCAUCUUAUCGUAAGAUUAUAAACACUAAUCAUUUGGACCGGAGAAGAGAUAUAUAUGUGGCUUGAAUGGAUAAGAGCCUAGUAGCGUGGACUUGAACUAAGCAGGGCAUUAAAGACU